UCUGAUGAUGAUUAUGACUAAAUUUAGUAAUUUUAGUCCCCGGAAAUAAAAUCCUCAACAAGCUUCUUUUCUGAUUGGCUAAAUUCAUGAGUUUCCGUUGAGAGCUUCCGAGUAUCCCGACCCAACGUGAUCACACAGUUCCACAUACGCGCGCGCGGGAGAGAGAAGGCUAAAAGCCCAGAAAACGAAUCUGAUAAGAGAAAGAAAGAAAAUGGCGACGACGACUAGAGAUAGGGAGAGAGAUCUGGAGCUCCUGAUCCCCGUAGCGGGAAUUACCGAAAACGGAGGUUCCAAAUCUUCGUCCCCUUCGUCCUCUCCCGCGGCUGCCUCUUCGCAUCAUCACUCCGGCAGAGAGGCAUUUUCUAAAGUCAUCCGCAGCUGGGCCUCGAAGAAGUUUAUGACCGGAUGCGUCAUUCUUCUUCCGAUGGCCAUUACAUUCUACAUCACUUGGGGUUUCAUUCAUUUCGUGGAUGGUUUCUUCUCCCCGAUCUUUAAUCAUCUUGGGAUCAAUAUUUUUGGUCUUGGAUUCGUGACCUCCAUCACUUUCAUAUUCUUAGUUGGUAUUUUCAUGUCAUCGUGGUUGGGUGCUUCUGUUCUUACUCUUGGGGAAUGGUUCAUCAAGAAAAUGCCACUUGUAAGCUACAUCUAUGCUGCCUCUAAGCAAAUAAGUGCUGCAAUAUCGCCUGAUCAGAGCUCUAAUGCCUUCAAAGAAGUAGCUAUCAUAAGGCACCCUCGCGUUGGAGAAUAUGCGUUUGGAUUUAUCACGUCUACAGUUGUUCUUCAGAGAAGCCAGGGUGAUGAAGAACUCUGCUGCGUUUAUGUGCCCACCAACCACCUUUAUCUAGGAGAUAUUUUUCUCAUUAAUAGCAAGGACAUAAUAAGGCCCAGUCUGUCGGUUCGAGAAGGAAUUGAAAUUGUUAUCUCCGGCGGCAUGUCAGUACCUCAAAUACUGACUACAGCUGAUGCCCGGGCCAGUCCAGCAGCAAGGAUUGGCGACUAUGGAGCAGUGAAAGUAUAACGGUGGACUAUGAAUGCGCUAGUGAUCAAACAAGUGUUUCUGAGAAAGUGUCGAGGCUUGAAAGUUGCUAGACACUUGUGCAGAAAAGGUGAUGGCAGUUCAUGCAUUGAGGUGACCAGUGGAGAAAUCCAAAGUGAGGUGAAGAAUCAAGAACCUCUAGGAUGACACAAAUACAGGCGCAACUAUGGCGGUUCUUUUUCUAAUUGUUUAUAGUGGGAAUUCUCUCGAUUCAAAUCGUCUCCUUCUGUUUUCUUUAUGAAAGAGAUAGUGUACUUAGAUUGAACUAAUUUUGGCUAGAUUAGAUUUUUAAAAUCUAAAACUUGACCAUAUGUAACACGAAACAGCAGGGAAAAGUGAAAUACAUGCCACAUAUUAAUGAACAUGUUUUUAUCUUUGA